ACCGAAUUGACCAAAAUAUCCCUUCAAACGGACAGCUUGUUUGCUUGUUGCGUUCUGGCAAAGCCCCCGCGGCCAAAGAUUCUCAUUUCACAGACCCAUCCCCACGCUUUCGAACGUGCUUUCGCUCUCUCUCUCUCUCUCUCUCGUGGCUUUCGAUUCUUCACGGAGAAACAUUCCCGCGUUUAAACGCUCAUCUGAUCACGAGUAAGGCUUUGUUCAACGAAUUUGAGCCGAUCUGGAAAACGAACAGGGAGCUUUCCGCGCCGAUCGAGGGAGCUCUCCGGAGCCGGUGAUGGCGGUGUCGCCGGAGCACCGCCGGAACUCCUUCACCACAUCUUCUUCUGCUUCCGAAGAAGUUCCGGAGAAAAGCGAGCAAGAAAUAUGCAUCGAUGUUAAAGAGCUGGACAUUAGCAGAGACUCCAGGGAAGUCGCCAGUAGCGAUGAUUCUCGCGCUGGAGUUUAUCGCAGUGCAAUGAAUAACGGUGGCGCCGAAUCUUCAGGCACUUCAAACAUUGAAAAAUUGGGUUCAAGCCAGCCUAAACUGGAAAAAUCAAAAACAGAGGCACAAAGACCUCGAAAUAUACUUGCUGAAGAGGCAGCGCAGAUUUUUGACAACAAGUUAUCUGCCCAACAGAAGGUACUUAAAUUGUUGAACAGAAUAGCUACUGUGAAAGAUGAUGGGACUGUGGAGUUUGAAGUUCCCGGAGAUGUUGAGCCCCAUGCUCUUGUCGUUGGACCGAGAGAUGCACAUACUGAAGCUGCUGAUGAAGAGUCACUUGAAACGGACAUUCAGUACAUUCCACCGCUGCAAAUAGUAAUGGUUAUAGUUGGCACACGUGGAGAUGUGCAGCCAUUUAUUGCCAUUGGCAAACGUCUCCAGGAAUAUGGCCAUCGUGUAAGAUUGGCAACUCAUUCAAAUUUCAAAGAGUUUGUGUUGACUGCUGGGCUUGAGUUCUAUCCAUUAGGCGGAGAUCCAAAAGUUCUUGCGGGUUAUAUGGUUAAAAAUAAAGGCUUCUUGCCAUCAGGCCCUUCUGAGAUACCUACUCAACGACAUCAAAUAAAGGAAAUUAUCUACUCUCUGCUUCCUGCUUGCAAAGAACCUGAUCCUGAUUCUGGUGUCCCUUUUAAAGCGGAUGCAAUCAUUGCUAAUCCUCCAGCAUACGGGCAUACCCAUGUGGCAGAGGCACUAAAAGUACCACUUCAUAUAUUUUUCACGAUGCCAUGGACGCCAACUAGUGAAUUUCCACAUCCCUUGUCCCGUGUGAAGCAGCCAGCUGGUUAUCGACUUUCUUAUCAAAUUGUUGACUCAUUGAUAUGGCUUGGGAUACGGGACAUGAUAAAUGAUGUUAGAAAGAAAAGGCUGAAGCUGCGACCAGUCACAUAUUUAAGUGGUUCCCAAGGCUCUGAUUCCGAUGUGCCACACGGAUAUAUAUGGAGUCCUCACCUUGUUCCUAAACCAAAAGAUUGGGGUCCUAAGAUUGACGUGGUAGGAUUUUGCUUUCUUGAUCUUGCAACAAAUUAUGAACCUCCCGAAUCACUCGUAAAGUGGCUUGAAGCUGGUACAAAGCCUAUUUAUAUUGGAUUUGGUAGCCUUCCGGUUCAAGAACCAGAAAAAAUGACCCAAAUAAUUGUGGAUGCAUUGGAAAAAACUGGACAGAGGGGUAUUAUUAAUAAAGGUUGGGGUGGCCUUGGUAACUUGGCGGAAACCAAGGACUCUGUUUACUUGUUGGACAAUGUCCCUCAUGAUUGGCUGUUCUUGCAAUGCAUGGCUGUGGUUCAUCAUGGAGGUGCUGGAACAACAGCUGCUGGUCUCAAAGCUGCAUGCCCAACAACCAUUGUACCAUUCUUUGGUGACCAACCUUUCUGGGGAGAGCGAGUGCAUGCCAGAGGAGUGGGACCCCCACCCAUCCCAGUUGAUGAAUUCUCACUUCCAAAGUUGGUUGAUGCAAUAAAUUUUAUGCUAGAGCCAAAGGUGAAAGAGAAAGCAGUUGAACUUGCAAAGGCAAUGAAGAAUGAGGAUGGGGUGACUGGAGCAGUGAAAGCAUUUUUUAAGCAUCUUCCGUGCAAGAAGCCAUCACCACAGCCAUCACCAGAGCGAUCCAGUAUAUUCUCCGUUAGUAGAUGUUUUGGUUGUUCCUGAAUCUCGGUAUGGAUAUUUGUUUCUUCCUUAUAACUUCUUGUGUGUUCUGUGGUGUCCUCCAUAGGGCUUUCUUUCCUAAGCCUGAAUCUAACAUUCUUAUGAAUGCCUCUCCUAGAAUUCCCACCCCCGUUUCCAGAAAUGUAAUUAUAUUUACAGUCAAGACACAUUUAGUGUAAAACACGGAUUUUCAUUUAUCUCAAAGGUAAUAAGGCCCAAUUUUUUUAUUCAA